CCAGCAGUGCCAUCAGAGGUUCCCCCCGUGCCACUGUCCCCACAGUGGUGACAGUGCAGGGACACCCUCGGCACGGGACGGUCCCCGGUUCCGAGAGUCCUGGGCACCCCUGGGGAGGUGAAGCCAGAAAAGAUCGACCUCUCAGGGUCCCAGCUCUGUUCCUCCUGCCCGGGGGCAGUUCGGCCCCAGCAGUUCCCAGGCUGCAGCUGGUGUCCCAGGGAUGUGCCCAAGGGUGGCUUUGAUGUGUCUUAACAUCAUCCCCCAAACCCUGGCUCUGGGAUGAGCCCCCCCACUGCUUCCCCGGGAGGUUGGUCAUUGCAUUUCUUCUCUUCCUGUGGAUGUUUCUCAGCCCCUUGAGGAGGAAGAUUCCCGUGGUCAUGUACCUCCUAAACUGGAGGUCUGUGAUCGAUGGGAGAUAAAGCCAGCGGGCAAAACUGCUGAAAAAUGAGAGCUGUGAAGAGCUGGAGUGGCCCCAGCGUUGCCUUUCAAUGGAGCCGUGGCUGCCUCUCCUCCCAUUAAUGCGCGGCUUUGAUUUCCCAAGCAGCUCUUGGAGCCGCUGGGGAACUGGCCCUGUGACUUUCUCUGUGAGAGCAGAGAAUGGAGACAGCUGAGUAAAUAUAGCCUAAAUCACUGCUUUCCUGGCCAUUCCCCCACCCUUCCCUGCCAUGCCAAGGGCUGGUGUGUCCCCGAGGCUGGACUGGGCUCUUCUUUAGCCUUCCACGAUGUGGGAAAGUCCCAAGCCAUGGUUUGGUUUCUUUGGUGACCCUCUUUGACGUGCGCAGCUCGUGCUUCCAUCUGCCUGCGCCGUUUGUGGCACGGGCUCGAUCCUCCUAAAGCUGAUCUCUGCCCCAAAACCCAGUGUUCCCAACUCGCUGGAACAAGGUUUUGAGCACACAGGAAAAUCCUCUCUGCCUGCAGUUGGGUCUCGCUUGGACAAAAGCGCUGGGUUGGAAGGGAAAGCGCGGCUCAGCUGGAAUGUGGCGAGGAGCAGAGUGGUUUGCGGAGCCAGUUUGGAGCCAUGUCAGAGCUCUGAGUGCCGGGGUGUGUUUACAAUGAAAAAGAGUAUUUAUAAUAUCGAGGGCUCUUUUAAUUCCUCUGGGAAUCUCUGGAGCCGCAGCUUGGAGCUAAAGUAGCUGGGUAAUGGAAGAUGAAAAGCAGACAGGAAGGGAUGGUGGAUUUCUCAAGUUGGAAGGUCUUGGCUCUCUCACCAAUAUCCAAAUCAUGCUGGUCUAUUAACUUGGGUGCUUCUUACCUUGUCGGUUACUUCAUGUGAUUGCUGAGCUGUGCAGAGCUGCUAAUAAAUCAUAUAAAUUCCAAAUACCCUGGGGAAUGUGAUUUUAAGCAGAUAAGUUAGCAAGAGCAGUUGGAUUUUUUUUUUUUCAUGUACUCAGGUUUUUUUUAGAACUGUGAUUUUUUUGCCAAAAUACAGCUCCUGGGUUUCUAUAUCCCUAAAGCCAGCUCCGUGAAUGCUCCUAAAAUGGAAUUAGUGUGUUCUUGCUGCAUGGGGGAUGGUGUAAGAGCAGCCUGGCAAGGCUGGUGUUGGGUGCUGAAUCCUUCUCUGCCCAGUGCCAGUAAAUAAAAGUCUCAGUUCAAAUAAAAAGCUCUCGUAGGCAGGAGGAGAAAGUUUGUGAGGUGGUUAAGAAAGAACAAGCUUCAGCUGGAGCAAGGAAGUUCAGUGUCAGGAGAAGCCUGUGGACAGUAUGAGAAAUCUGGGGGUAGGUGUGCAGACUGCCUGAGGUGCUCUCAUGCUGUCCAGCCUUUGAGCAGGAGGUCUCUGGGACCUCCAGUGGUCUCCCAAAAGUGAGGAAGGUGUUGGUCAUCCUGGUUUCUUCAGCUCCUCGUGUCCCUGCUAAUCAUGACAUUGACCUUUUCAGUGAAAUAUUUCAGAUAUUCCUUCACUUCCUCGGGCUUUGGUGAAUAAAACGAAAUAUUUAAUGAAACUCAGGCAUGAGCAGUAAAUGCUCUGUGUCCCUGGCAAAGGGUGGCUUGUGGCUGUGGGCAGGAGCUGCUGCUCCUGGGGAUCUGCUGCUGCCUGGGAAGCAUUUCUGGGGAAGAGAGGAGGUGAAAACGGCUUUGGCUGUCCCAUGCCUGGCUGGGGCACUGCUCAGGCAUAGCUCCCCUCCUCCCCUGCAGCUUUUCCCUGUUUGGAAGGAAAUACCAGCUGGCUUGGCAGCACCGUGGCCAGCCCCAGCUCCAGCUCUCCCUGCUCCGCUGGCCGCUUCCCCAGGGGCAGCUGCUGGAGCGUGUCCAGCUCCGCUUCCCGCCCGCUCCAGCUCCCUGCAGGCUCUCCCAGCUCCUUCCCCCACAGCUCCUCGUGGCACUGCUGCCUCUUCCACAGCCUCGCUCAUGGCUCCAGCCUCCCGAGACAUUUUUCCAGUCAUUGUUCCUGCUGGGGAGGCAGUGGGCUCUGGAAGCUGCCUGGGAGCGCAGGGAUUUGCUGGGCUGUUUGUCCUGACUGUAAAUCAGGGGUUGGCAAGCUCUUGCCCUCUCUGCCUCUGCCACUCGGUGUUGUGGGUGCUGCUGAGCACAGGAUGACCCGUGAUGUGCUUGCCAUUGCCAGCUUUAGGAGCUGAGGCCAUCAGAGCUGCCCUGGCUGUGUGGGUCAGAAGGAUGUGAUGCAGCAGCAGAUGUCACCAUGGCAGGCGAUUCCCUGUCCGUUUUUAUUCCCAUCCAUCAUUGCAUUGUUCUAUUUUCUCAUGUUAUUAAAGGAAAAGUUUCUUCUUUUUGUCUGUAACUUGCAGUUCAGUCUCGAUAUGGUGUUUGUUUUGCUCGCUGAGGAUCUGAUGUAACUUGGAGAGAUUGGAGCUGUGUACACUGUUGUGAGCAUAUUCUUCUUUUAAAUAUUUUUAUGCAUUCUUUCCCUUCUCUGGUAGGAAAGUAACUCAGUCUCGCUUCAAGUCAAGCUGCACUUUGAACUGCAUUUGGAACUGGGUUAAAAAGCACAGGAACCACAUUUAAAAUGUUAAGAUGCUUUUAUUUAUGUGCUGGGCACAGACAAAAAGACUCGUAAUGUGUUUUUUGUUUCAAACCGAUGUGUUAAACAAAGAAAGUAUUGACAGCAGUUAAUGAAUCGAGGGAUUGUUUCUGGGCACUGAGAUAGAUUUACCAAAGGUAUUUAGCUGUCUGAUGCAUGGGAUUUUCAGAGCAGCCUAACUAAGCAAGUGCUCGCCAGCACAGACACGAGGUUCCUCUCUGAGAGCCGAGCAAACCUGGAGCUGGGCCCAGCAGAAAUCUUUUGGCAAGGUGCUGCCUCUCUCCAGCUCGGAGGUGUGCUUCCAGCCGACAGGCUUGUGCGUGUCCCGGCCUCUCGGCACUGCCUUCCCUCCAAGGAGCUGUUCCAGAGCUUUGGGAAGUGUGUGUUCCCAAUCCCCAAAGACUCUGUCAGCUGCUCUCUGAGGGUGCAGAGCUUUCCUGCAGCUCAGUCAGAGAAGCCUCUGGCUGGGUCCGUGACAGGCCAGACGACAACUGUUGCUCCUGGAGAGGACGGUGCCGGCAUUAGCCAUGAGGAUUUGGGUCUCCUGGGGGGCUCCUCACUCGUGUCCACGAGCACUCAGUGCCCACCUGGGCUGAGCGUGGGGAAAGCAGGGAAGAAGGUUGUGGAAGGAGACGGUUGGAAGAAGCUGCGGGACCUGCUCUUUGGAGACACUCGCUGCUCCAGAGUCAUUCUCCUCUUCCCACCCCUCCACACAGAUCUGCUUUUAAAAGCUACUGAACAAGUUUGCCGGGCCUGAGCGUUUUGUCCUUCCAGCCUCUUCAGCUGCACCGGCUUGUCGGAGGCGCCUGGAGUCGGGGCUGGGAUCUGCGGGUGGGAGCUGGGGGAGCAUCGACCCUGCUGGGGCUGGGCUCUGCUGCCUCUGGGUGUGCUCUGGGGUCUGUCCUCCCCGGGAGGAGCCACUCUGGGGUCUGUCCUCCCCGGGAGGAGGGGGAGCUGCCAGCGCCAUGGCCAGUGGGCAGCGGCCGCUCAGGCCCUUGGCAUUCAGACAGUGCCCCCGGCACGGCGACUCCGCUCUGGGGGACCCUGACAGGCAGCACUCAGAGGGGCAGCCAGUGAGCCUAGUCAUAAAUCUCUCUUUAUGCUCUGCAUUAUGAAGUAAUAUUUUCCUGGCUGGGGCUGGUUGGGUUGGGGAAAUGCGGGCUCGGCUGCGAGUUCCCGGCAGCCACCAUCCCAGCGUGGUGGGAGCUUUCACAGCGGCCAUGCUGGGAUGUGCUGCUUCCCCCGUGAACAUCAGAAACCUCUGUAGGGUCUUUCCAUGAAUUCUGCAGUCUGGUGUUGCUCCUGGAGUUCUGGAGAAGCUCUCCAGCAAGCUGGAUCAGGCUCAAUCCUGUUCCCCUCCCGCCUCUGGCCGCAAGUGCCUCACCUCCCCGCGGGCAGUGCCUGUUCAUUCAUGGCAAAGACAGCCUGGCUGGGACGCCUGCCCGAGCUCAGGCAGGCGGUGCGGGCUCUGGCUGCUGCACAGGUUUCCUGUGCCAUGGCCUCUUUGUGCCUUUUGUCCUUGUCAAGGGAAGGAGCCUUGGAGCCGGGCUGGAGAGCCUGGCUGAGAGGUGGGGUUGGCUCCUCUCCGGGGACUCACCCUGAUCUCAGACUUUGCGGCAGCACGUGCAGAUGUGGUGACACGUGCAGGGCUGAUACCACGUGCAGGAGAAAAGAAGGAUUUGUAGCUGAUAUGAACUGUAACCUGCUGCUGGCCCAGAGGAGCUAUUUUGAAAUCCUGCAGAUCACCACCAUUGGUGCCUGUCACAGAGUCCAACCAGCAGUCGGAGCAGCCCUGGCUUCGUGCCAUGCUUGGUUGUUCACUGACCUCUGUGGGAAGGGUGUCCUGGCUCCCUUUGCCUUCUUGCCUCCUUCUCCCCAGGAUCUCACAGCCCUGAGAAGCACCUUCCUGCUUGUUAAUGAGACUCAAGAGUUUGAGCUGGGUUUGGUGGUUUCUGGGCCAAAACAGCUCAAGCCUUUAACAGGACCUGCAGCGUUUGAGCAGGCCCAGGGUGUCCCUGGGAAGGCUGGGUUCUGGCUGCCCUGGUGCCUUGCAGGUCUGGUCCUCGGCUGCACGCCAUUUCUGCGGGAACCAGAACUCUGGGAUUUGCCUGAGGGAGGUGGAAAACUGGCCUGUGCAGCCAGGAGGGGAUGGGAAAAGAGGACGUGCCUGGCUGGUGGGAAUGUCCCAGCUCGUACAUCUCUUCAGCAACAUGUUAUAACCCAGGUUUAUUCUUUUUGGUGGAUUUCUGGGCAGGGCAGGCAGCAUAUUCAAUUUCUCUCUGAAUAGCUGAAAGGCAGUUAGGAGCUCUAAGUAGACUUGAAGGCUUCUAAAGAUUAUUUUAACUCCUUUUUGCCUCCAUCUCUGCAAAAAAACCCUAUGCCUGCACUUGAUGCUGCUGCUGUUGCUUUUGAAAAGUUCAAAAAUUGACUUUUUGCUCAGAGCAAAGCUUUGAAGUGCUGCUCUGUGGGAAUGGCAGCGCAUCUCGAAAGCCUUUUGCUGAAAGCGUGGUUAACCUACAUUUGUGGGCAGCUCCCUUCAGAAGAUGCCUUUGUGGGGGAUUGCAUGGCGAGAUGUAAAGGUGAACUGUGAAAUUUAAUCGAUUUAACAAGGGAGGGUUAAAUCUGUUUGUUCUGCUCCUGUUCAGGGCCUGCAGCUGGUGGGUGCAGGGUCACCCUUUUCUGUAUGCAAAAGUUAUCCUGCAUAAAGGCUGUUUUGUCCCACUUGUUGUCUCCUUGUUUGCAUAAGUGCUGCGAGGAGGGUAAGCUGAAGAAGCAGGGGUGAACCUCUUUGAGAUGCAGAGCUGGUGCCUGGCUGUAGCAGAGGGGAGGUAGCGUUCCUGCCCACAGCCACUGGCUCCUCACUUGCUCUUGGGAGUGUAAAUCAGGAUUAGCAUGCCCUGCUUGGAUCCAGGGCUCAGCAUCAGCUGCUAGGUAGGAGAGAAACGAGUCCUGCCUCUCUCAGGUGAACCCCUGGUUUGAAUGUUGGCGUGUCAGGAGGGUGUGGGGUGCUUGGGUGUGCAGUGAC